AAUAUUUCUCUGCAGAAAAUGUUCAGUAGGUGAUGAGUGUGUUCAAAAUUCAACUUGCUGUAUCACAGUGGUAGCACAAGCUGAAUCCAACUCCAUGGCUCAGUUGGACACUAUCAAGAAAAGAGUGAUUCCAAUCCUGCUGGAUACACUACUGAAAGGUUUUUUGGAAUUUAAGGAUGUUGAGAUCCAGUGUCGGCAUGAUGGUGAACUUCUUGUGAAAGUUGGCAUGUCUGAGCAUUGCAAGGCUGGGAGGUUCUGGGCUACUCUACAAAAUGCUUGCAUUCCAGUAAUGGAGUUGAUUGACUGGGAGCAGAGUCAACCAAAGAAUGUAUAUGAUAUUUUCUGUUCAUAUGGCAUAGACUCGGCAUGGAAAUGUUUUGUUGAAUAUUUAAAAUCAGUAACGGCUGAUAUUGGAAGGAAUGUUCGUCGGGAGCACUUACUAGUUGUUGCAGAUAGCUUGUCUGUGACUGGGCAGUUCCAUGCAUUAAGCAGUCAAGGUUUAAAGCAGCAGCACACUCGGUUAUCAAUCUCAUCUCCAUUUUCUGAAGCAUGUUUUUCUAGGCCUGCACGAAGUUUUAUAAAUGCUGCAAAGCAAUGCUCAGUGGACAAUUUGUGUGGAAGUCUAGAUGCAAUUGCUUGGGGCAAAGAGCCUUUCAAUGGGACGUCAGGGCCUUUUGAAAUUAUGCAUGUGGGAAAGCUACAUGAACCAGAAGAAAAUGAGAGCAUCUAUGGUUUCCUAUGUGACCCUGCUGUUCGGAAUUUUGAAAAGAAUCAUAUGGAUACCUGCAGACAUAGUACUGAAAAUUCUUUGAGAUGUAGGUUAGCAUGCAAGUCUAAUGGCAAUGCAACCGUCAAUGGUGGCGACAUAACUAUCGACCAAGGCUUUCUUCAUGCUAAAGUUGGUGUGUGGAAUAACAUUAUUGAUAUGCGCACUUCAUUACAGAACAUGCUAAGAGAGUACCCAUUAAAUGGAUAUGUGAUGGAGCCAGAUAAAUCACUAUUAGUCGAAGCCCUGAAGUUUCAUCCCAAAGGGGCUGAAAAGAUUGGUGUUGGAGUAAAAGAAAUUAAGAUCGGACUGAAUCCUAGUCACCCAGGUACAAGAUGCUUCAUUUUACUGAGGAAUGAUGAUACAACUGAAGACUUUUCUUACAACAAGUGUGUUCAGGGUGCUGCAAAUUCUAUUUCACCUCAACUCGGAAGUUAUUUUGAGAAGAAACUAUAUCGUAGAGGAUAAGUUGGCAUCCUGGCAUUUGUCUUGUCCUGACCAGACCAUAUGACCAACUUCUAAGAAAGAACUACCUGUCGCAUAUGAAGGGUGCUCAAAUUGCUCAGAAAGAGCGAAUCAGCAUAGGUCUCAUGCAUCUUCCUAGCUUCUAUUCAAAGGAUAGAAGCUCAGAAGGUCGUCAGCAUUGGGAUGAAUAUCAACUCAACUCAACUCAACUCAUUGGGACUACCGAAGGCAGGUCUGAAAGAGUCGUGACUCUGGUUUCAUGCCUCCAUUUCCGUAGUCCGUAGUCUACUCGUCUGCUAGUCUGCAUGUUUAUUGUGAGCAUAUUACGUCACUAGAACAUGAUGUGGUGCAAUAUUCGUUUAUUUUGUUUCCGAGAAUUGUUGGUGGCACGGUACAAUAGGCUCUACCACCUCCUUGUAUUACUUGCACCUCCAGGCAUUCUACUCUGAUAAUCAUGAAAGCUAAUGUUGUGCUUCAAU